AUGGAACUCAAAGAAAAACGCUCCGUCGUUAGCCGUGAGCUGAAAACCCUUGAACCCGGCUCCCUCUACAUCACAAUCUCCGUCCCUCGAUCCAGUUCUCACGGCCCUGACUCGCCCGUCAGCUGCUACUACCCGCCAUGUCUAUCUGAGGAUCUCGACCUGGCGUCAUACGAAGUGUCGUGCGCCAAGGGCAUCGACAGAGAAGAGUUCGACUGGGGCGUCUACCUGCACCGAGGCUACGGCAACGGCACCUGGUACGAGCUCCGCAGAGUAAGCUGCGCGAUCGACGCCGGCAUCGACGACGGCGCUCUAUUAGGCUCCAGCGGCAGGGCAAGCAUGGGUAGCAUCGCCGGUGCUGGUACGGGCGAUGGCGAUGGCGCCAGCGUCGUCGCACGUUCCUUGCCCUUCUUCACCCUCUCCAGGCGGGAGAUGCGUCUGUCGCCACGUCUGCAGACCCGAGUGGCCGCCCUGGUCAGGGUCCUGCGCGUGCCAGAAUCCUUCGCCGAUGGCCUGACGCCUUAUCUGGACUGGCUGGCGGUGCAAACGGCGCCCAGCGCCACGAGGUCCUUCAUCUGGGCGUCGUCCAUGUACAUCCGCACGCGUCAUCACUUUUCGGCAUAUACCAACGGCACCGUGGGCGAUGGCGAUGCGGCAGCAACGGGCUUCGCCACGACAGGGUUCCUCCAGGAGGCCCUUCACUUGGCGUACAAGGAGGUCUGGUACGGCCUGGGAGGCCAGCUGCCACGGCCCAUGAUGGCUUCGGCGUUUGGGGUUGAGAUGCUGCUCAUGGGGGACGCCAGCAACGCAAACGCACAGCAGCAGCAGCAGCAAAAUGCCGACCAAGAUGCCGAUGAUAAAUCGACCAAGUGCCUAUGGGGGUACGUGUAUCAGCAUGCAGAAACAGGGCUUCACGACACCCCUGGCUGGAGGAGCAUCACCUACACGGGGGUGGCCGUCUUUGAAGCCAUAUCGAUCGACUCGUCGAUUUAA